AUGGGCGAAAGUAGUUGCGUCUUCCGAAAUAUGACGAAGCCAAGAAUAUGCCUACUGAUGCUGGGACUUACAGCUGUUGGUUGGGACAAGUUACACUGCAACCUGAGCUCUCAUAACAAAUGCCUCACGGAUGAACGUCACAGCAGAAUAAAGAGGCAGAUGAGACACGAUAAGUUGCGUCAAACCAGUCUCCCAUACUAUACCACGAUGACCGCUGCGUCUUCACGUAACACCUUGAUGGAUCGAGACUCGUCAACAACCCUCCUAAAGGCUAGUGACCAUUGGGAUACCAUUCGUCUCUGCUUUAAGCAUGGUGUCCGCAUCCAGGCGAAGUCCGCAACGAAAGACACGUCCGACAACCUCCUCGGCGCCAUUCAUCAGACUAGCAAAUGGAGCCACGACGUCUUCAAAGCUUGA